AUGGCCGCAUCACGAGAGGGCCCACGAGCCCCAAUCAAUCGCCAAACCACAGCGCCUUUUCACCUGAAGCUCUUCUACCGAGUGAACACCUACAACCCACUAUCCGACUACAGCAUUUCUGCGUCACCCCGUCGCGGCGGUCCAGUCAGCGGCCCAAACUCCAUUCGCUCAACCUCACCCGCUCCCUCGACCCUCCCACAACACCUAGAGAUCUACACCUGGCAAUCAUGCACACUGCGCGAGCUCUCACAGCUUCUAACCUCCGCGCUGCCACGUUUACUCCCCGACCCACCCAUCGGCACCCGUCUCUGCUUCCGCCUGAUCUACCCCGAUGCGCGCGCCGCAGCGAUCGGCGGUACCAAUGCCCCAGGCGCAUAUUUGAGCCGUGACCUGGGAAGUGUGAUUGUCGCACCCAAGGACACUUCUCUUCGCGCGGAUGACGACGAGGAGAAAGAGGCUAGACCUCGUUUGCGCUUCCAGGGUAAUGAGGCUGAUAAACCCCUCCACGACGAACGCUUUAUUGUCGGUGAUUACAUUGAGUGUGCUAUUCUAGCUCCUUUGGAGGAUGGAUCUGUUGCACCGGUGUUGCAUGGUGGCUCUGGUCCGUCUGGUCCUCGGGGCGGAGGCGGAGGUGGUGGUAUGCGCGCGUUCCGGGAGAAUGGAUACGGCGGAUAUCCGCGUGGCCCUCGCGGUCCUGGUCGUGGUGGUCCCCGUGGUGGUGAUCGUGGUCCUCCUCAUAUGCCCCAUGGCGAUUGGAAUCGCGGAGAACGGUUGCCGGACGGGGGACGCCGGGGAGGUGGUGGAGGCGGACGUCGAGGAUGGGCACCUUAUUAG